UUUCAUUGCAAAUCAUAGGCACAAAAUAAGGGGUACCCACACAAAUAUUACUAAAACCUUUCUUCAAUCAUGAAUUUCUGGUACCCCAACCUUGUUCUUCUUCCUCUUCGUAUUGGGACAAGCCCAGAAAGAAAGGAAUAAAGGUUGAAUUUGCAGAUCAAAAUCAAUUCAGUGCACGAAGAAAGGAAGUGGGUUUCUUUGGUUCUCCGAAGAAAAUGGCGGGAGGGGUUUCUUCUUCUUCUUAUUAUUCUUCUUCCAUCAUGGAGACUCUCUUCCAACGAACUCUGGAGGACCUGAUCAAAGGCCUCCGCCUCCAACUCAUCGGCGAGUCGGCCUUCGUCUCCAAGGCCAUCGAAGAGAUCCGCCGCGAGGUCAAGUCCACCGAUCCCCACACCAAGUCCACCGCCCUCCAAAAGCUCUCUUACCUCGCCUCCCUUCACUUCCACGACAUGUCCUGGGCCGCCUUCCAUGUCGUCGAGGUCAUGUCUUCCUCCCGCUUCUCCCACAAGAGGAUCGGAUACCACGCCGCCUCUCUAUCCUUCCACGACGACACCCCCGUCCUCCUCCUCAUCACCAACCAGCUCCGCAAGGAUCUCGCCAGCACCAACGAGUUCGAGGUAAGCCUCGCCCUCGAAUGUCUCUCGAGAAUUUCCACUCCUGAUCUUGCUAGAGAUUUAACGCCGGAAAUAUUCACUCUUUUGUCGACUACUAAAAUUUUCGUUAGGAAGAAAGCCAUUAGCGUCGUUUUGAGGGUGUUCGCCAAAUACCCAGAUGCCGUGAGAGUUUGUUUUAAGCGUUUGGUUGAGAAUUUAGAUAAUUCGGACCCCCAGAUUUUGGCUGCGGUUGUGGGGGUCUUUUGCGAGUUAGCUUCCCAAGACCCCGGAUCGUAUCUUCCAUUGGCACCCGAGUUUUAUAGGAUUUUAGUCGAUUCCAAGAAUAAUUGGGUCUUGAUUAAGGUGUUGAAGAUUUUCGCCAAGUUGGCUCCAUUAGAGCCAAGAUUGGCGAAGAGGGUUGUUGAGCCCAUAUGCGACCAUAUGAGGAGGACCGGGGCAAAGUCAUUGAUGUUUGAGUGCAUUAGGACUGUAGUUAGUAGUUUCAGCGAAUAUGAAUCCGCAGUGAAGCUUGCUGUAGUGAAAAUUCGGGAAUUGCUGGUUGAUGAUGACCCAAAUCUUAAAUAUCUUGGAUUGCAGGCACUUUCAGUUAUUGCCCCAAAGCAUUUGUGGGCAGUGUUGGAGAACAAGGAGGUUGUGAUUAAGUGGCUGAGUGAUGAGGAUCCUAAUAUCAAGCUUGAGUGCUUGCGUCUUGUGAUGGCAAUGGUUUCUGAGAGUAAUGUUGUGGAAAUUUCCAGGGUUUUGGUGACUUAUUCUCUUAAAUCUGACCCAGGAUUUUGCAAUGAGAUUCUUGGAUCCAUUUUAUGUACGUGUUCUAGAAAUGCGUAUGAGAUUAUUGUUGACUUUGAUUGGUAUGUUUCACUUCUUGGAGAAAUGUCGAGGAUUCCACAUUGUCAAAAGGGGGAUGAAAUUGAGAAUCAGCUAAUUGAUAUGGGUAUGAGGGUCAAGGAUGUUAGACCUGAGCUUCUUCAGGUUGCUCGUGGUCUGCUGAUUGACCCUGCAUUACUUGGUAACCCUUUCUUGCAUAGGAUAUUAGCUGCGGCUGCUUGGGUGUCAGGGGAGUAUAUUGAGUUCUCGAGGAAUCCAUUUGAACUUAUGGAGGCUCUGUUGCAACCUCGUACAAGUCUCUUGCCACUAUCAGUAAGAGCAGUUUAUAUCCAUUCUGCCUUUAAAGUCCUAAUCUUUUGUCUGCACUCUUACAUCUUGCAAAGUGAGAGUAUGACAUCUUCAUUUCCUGAUAAUUUGGUGUUGGGGGUUUCAGAAUUAGUGUUGAAAAGGAACAUGCUAGAGGGUUCUGAUUUGACAACAUGUGAAGCUCCUUCUGCUCAUUGUAGUGAAGGCUUCAACCCAAGCAACCAGUCAUAUGAAGAUCUUUCAAUAGAAAAUGGUGGGGAUAGAACUAUUAAUCACGGCCAAACAUCCACACCUGCUUUUUCAGAGAACAUUUUCACAUAUGAUUCUAUUAUUAACCUGAUAAAUCAAGUUGAAUUGGCUUUGGGCCCGUUUACAGGAAGCCAUGAUGCAGAAGUAUUUGAGAGAACGCGGCAUAUAUUAUGUUUCAUUGAGUUGAUUAAAGGAGAAAUAACUGAAUGCUUAGUACAGAAGGGGAAAACAUUGGAAAGUGAAGAAAUGAAAGCUUCCAAAAUCAUCAAACUGAUAUCUGAUGCCUUCUCCGAGGAGCUUGGUCCAGUCUCAGUUAGUGCUCAGCAAAGGGUUCCUAUACCAGAAGGGUUACUACUUAAGGAGAAUCUUGAUGAUUUGGAGACAAUCUGUGCUGAUUUUCAAGUACCUGCAUCAAAUUUAUUCUCUCUUGGAAGUCCUUAUUAUGGAGAGGAGGUUGGUGUUUCUCCCUUUGGCCUACAGAACAAAGAAGAGUCAGAACCAUCUAAUGAGGCCACAUCUCUGCUCACAGAACACCGUAAGCUACACGGAUUAUACUAUCUAGCUCCAGAGAAAAAUGAAAUUGUAGGAAAUGAUUAUCCACCUGCUAAUGAGCCCAAGCUUCAGGUUAAUCCUAAGAAUGAUACAGAGGAUCUGGUUAAGCUUACAGUGCAAUCACUUGCUACCAACAAAAAGCCAAACCAUGCAAAGACUAGGCCUGUAGUGGUGAAAUUGGAUGAAGGAGAUUUAGUAACUAUUACAGCCAAAAGGCCAGAAACAAAGGAUGAUUUGGUCUCUGGUGCUGUGCGGGAAGUGCUUGUAGGAAGUGACACCCGAACUGCUACAUCACAAAGGAAUCCAUCUGAUAAGUCAUCCAGUAAGAGAAGCAAGAGAAAAGGGAAGGAAAAGCUAAAUGUUGAUUGUUCCGAAUUGAAAGAAAAUCUGGGUGAUUCAGAAAAGCUUAAACAUGAAAAUCCAAGUUCAAGAAAAAACAAACACUCUAUUAAUGGUAAAGAGAGAAGGCAUAAGAGUACAGGAAAGAUUGGUGAAGAAGGAGAAGAAAAUGGUCAGAAAGGGAAGCAAAAAAGUAGUCAUCGGCACGCUAGGCACAAAGCUUCGCAUAGAGCUGAUGCACCCUUGAAUGUGGUUUCACAAACACCCGUAAUCCCAGAUUUUCUUUUGUAGCAUUAAAGAUCAUGACUCAUUAUCUGCCAUCAGAUGCUACGGAGAACUUUAUUGUUCCCUGUAUUCGAUCGCUUUGUAUGAUAAGGUGAGUUCUUUAUAGAUUUUACAAACUUUAUUAUCUGGUGAGGGCUCGCAAUUCUCUUAAAUAUGUGGAAUUGGUUUUCCCGUCUUACACAAAAUGAAUCUCAUCAAAUUCAAAUUUCAAAUGUAAGGUUGCUUCGCUCCUGUAUAACAGUAGUGUGGAAGCAUUCUUUAUGAGCUUUUAA